GAAUAAUUACAAAAAUCACGUUAAACGAUUUCAUUGAUUCCUAUAGAAGUGAUCAUUUAUUAAGCUUAAACAUAUAUUUUUAAAAUUUGAGAUAUCAUACAAAACAUAAUGGAUGACGAAAAAAGAAAGAUGAAACAGUUAUUGAAAGAGAAAAUGGAAGGAAAGGAUGGCGGAUUAGAUUGGAUGCGCAAAGAAAAUAAACCGGAUGGUAAUGAUUAUCUACUGGGCAAACGAGUGGACAGGCACAUUGAGGAAGCCGUGGAAGUCGUCAAAGAUGAUGACAUUGCACUGUUCAAUGAGAGAAUCAAAGCCAACAUUCAGCUUGAUAUGCAGAACAAAGCAAGAGAAGACCCACUAUUUGCUAUAAGAAAAAGGGAAGAAGAUGUGAAAAAGAGACUUCUUGAAAAUCCAGUUAGAAUGAAACAGUUACAGAAAAAUCUGGAAAAGCAGAAAAAGAAAGCAAAAAAGAAGCACAAAAAGCAGAAAGGAUCAGAUGAUUCAGAUGAUGAUCUGAUGAAGAAAUAUUUAAACAUCUUGAAUAAAAAGAAAGGGAAAACAGAGGAUGAUGAUGAUGAUGAUAAUCUGUCAAACAAAGGGAAGCACAGAGGUGACAAAAACAAAGAAAGGCAGCAGGGAAGAUCAGAUCACAGAGGCAGAGAGGAUUCAUAUCAUGACAGGUCAUCAAAAUCCAGGCCGGAAAAAAGGUAUCAGGAUAGGGGUAGGGAGGAUCUGGAAGAUGACAGAGGAAAUUCUAGAAGUUUUAGAAACUCAAGGGACAAUUCCAAUGACCAGUAUUCUAGAGACAGAUCCCAUAACUCACAAGGUAAUAGAUAUAGGGAUUCAUCUCCUCAGAAAGAGAAGCAAAGACGUAGAGAAAGACAUGAUUCAUCAGGAAGUGAAUCUGAGGAGCAGAAGAGGAGAUUAACUCAGGAUAGAAGACGUGAUCAGCAAAGACGUAGAGAAAGACAUGAUUCAUCAGGAAGUGAAUCUGAGGAAGUUCAAAGAAGAGGAAGGAGAAAAGACGGCUACAAUAGACGUUCUGUGUCUAAUGAGAGAGGUAGUGGGAAAAACAGGCCAGGAGUUGGAAAGAAAAGGGAAGAAUCAUCAGGUUCUGAAUCGGAUGACAGGUCUGGUGGGAAAUACAGACAAAAAGGAGAGUCAACGAGAACUAGUAAAUCAAAAAGACAUGACUCUUCUGACAGUGAAUCAGAUUCUGAGGAGAGGAGUAGAGAGAAGAGGAGACCUACAUACAGACAAAACCAACAGGCUUCGCCUCAUAAAGACGACAGUCAUCCUACACAGAAGAUAAAGACACAGAGCAGCAAAAGGUCAGAAAGUUCAAGUUCUGACAGUGACAGUGAACCAGAAAGAAGGCCUGUCAAACAGUAUGGUUUAAUUAAACUGAAAAACACUGAUUCAUCUCAGACAAAAGCUGUCUCCAAUUCUCCAGAAAACAGAAAAAGAGGAGAGAGAAAGAAAUCUAGGUCACCAGAUCGUAGGAGAGAUGACAAAUAUUCAAGGUCAAGCAGAAGGUCAAGGUCACCAAAUCAGCGGUCUAAAUCUCCAAAACCAAAGUCAGGGGUUAGGUCACACAAGGACAGGAGUAGAUCACCAGUGAGAAGGAAAUUAACAGAAGAUGAAAAGAAGAAGAAAUUAGAGGAGAUGAUGCAGAAUGCACAAUGGAGGGAGGAGCAGAGGAAGUCUAAUGUAAAACGUUACACUGAGGAGGACAAAAAGGAAGAGGAAGCCCUCAGGAGCAAAGAGGAGCCUGAAUUCCUCAAGCUGAAGAGUUCUGUUGAACAGAAACAAACUUCAGAGAGGGACUGGGCAUAUGGACAAGGGAUUUCUGAAUAA